GUUGUCCUCGCCGUGCACGCGCGUGGUCCCCCCCAGGUCGCGAGGAGGAGGAGGAGGAGGAGGGAUGAGGCGCGCGGAGGGGAAAUGGCUGCCGAAAACAAGCCGGAAGGGUUGAAAAGGAUAAGGAAUCCAGAGCGGAUGAUUAGAAUCGCCGUGGGAUACACAGGACAUGCCCCUCCGAAGAGUGAUGACACUGACACCAACGGUGAGCCUGGCCAGUUGAAGAUCUACCUACCUAAGAAGCUGUUGGAGUGUUUGCCCAAAUGUUCGUCUCUGCCCAAGGAGCGCCACCGCUGGAACACCAAUGAGGAGAUUGCAGCGUAUCUGAUCACAUUUGAGAAACAUGAAGAAUGGCUGACGACAUCACCCAAGACCAGACCUCAGAAUGGCUCGAUGAUCCUGUACAACAGGAAGAAGGUAAAGUACAGGAAGGAUGGCUACUGCUGGAAGAAGAGGAAAGAUGGGAAGACCACCAGAGAAGACCACAUGAAGCUCAAAGUACAGGGAGUGGAGUGUCUGUACGGCUGUUAUGUCCACUCUUCCAUCAUCCCUACUUUUCAUCGCAGAUGCUAUUGGCUGCUCCAAAACCCAGACAUAGUGUUGGUACACUACCUGAACGUUCCAGCGGUGGACGACAGUGGGAAGCCAUGUGGGCCUGUCCUCUGCUCCAUCAACACAGACAGGAAGGAGUGGGCCAAGUGGAGCAAGGAGGAGCUCAUUGGACAGCUCAAACCCAUGUGUGCCGGGAGUAGCCUGCACCAGAAAUGCUCCACAGCCAAACACCGCAUUAUCUCCCCCAAAUUAGAAGCAAAGACAGGGACAGGGGCUGGGACAGGGACAGGGGUUGGGACUGGGACAGGGUCUGGGACAGAGGUGCAGAACAGUGAUGUGUCUGAGGGGCAGACAGAGCCCAGUCCUGGAGUGGGGUCCAGGAGCAGAGGAGGGGGGGAAAGGAAGAAUGGUAGGCUGCCCAAACCCUCUCUGCUUCCUCAGAGCAGCAUGGAAGUCUCCUCCACAUCCACCAAUCAGGUGGAGGUUCCCGACACCACACAGAGCUCCCCACUGUCAAUCACCAGCGACAUUACUGCAGACAGUCCCGCCCUCGGCCUGGCCAGCAGCCUAUCACAGAGCUCUGCUGCCGUGUUCAUGUCCGAGGUUGCCACGGUAACAGGGGAUUCCAUGUACACCACAGAACACGCCCACCUGAUUGGCGCCACCCAUGACGCCACCACCACUGGGAUUCUACUGGCUGUUGCCCCGGACACCCAGCGCUUUGAGUUCCCUGGGGGGGUGGGAUUAGCAGAGGAAGGGGGGGAGUUGGUCCUCUCCAGCAGUCUGGAUACCGGAGGUUCUGGAGUCAACCUUCUUGAGACCAGCAUGAACUUUGACCCAGACUGCUUCCUCAACAACCCCAAGCAGGGCCAGACAUACGGGGGAGGAGGGGGUAAGGCCGAGGGAGGUAGCUGUAAUGGUGAGGGGGGGCUCCACUGCUCUCCACAGUCACUAACGACUAACGGCUAUGUAUUCAACGCCACGCUCGUAAACAUCAAGACCGAAGAUACUCCCCUGGAGCAUCCGCUGGAUAAUCAGAGCGGGUACGCUGGCGAGGGGACGGGCCUGAGCCCUAGCACCACACUGGAGCAAAUGGACUUCAGUGCUGUGAUGUCAUCAGCCUGCACCCAGAGCUUGGCACAGCAGAUACACCAACACUCCCCUAGUCUCUUCUUGCAGGCCUCCCCUAAGACCCCCCUCGCCCAGGCCACCCAGCCCCAGAUCUGUGCCUCUGAGACGGGCCAGGACUCGGGCGAGACCCAAGCUUAUCUGGGCCUACCUACUAUACCACAGACUGACUCUCCAGGCACCAACGGAGACCCUCACACAUACCUCCACCAACCCUCACCAGACCAACAUGGCGACAGUGAGGAAAGCAGCCAGGGAGGUCUAGUGGGGCUGGGUAGCUUUCCUGUAAGGGGGCAGGAGAUGAGAAAAGACCAGCUGAGCACCAGAGGACCUGGGAAGGUGACGUCCCCAGAGAAAGAGACACAGAAGAGGGCAGAGUUACUCCUCAAUCCUGGGGAACAGCAUGACGCCUACAGAAACAACACUGGUGUUGGGAGAGGUGGAGAGCACUACCUACAGCCAACAACCAAGAGUGGGGGAGUAGAGGGAGGACAAGAAAUAGGAGAGAAAUAUAUUUUCAGUAACGGAGUCAGGGAUGCAGGAGUUAACAGCUCAGUGGUAGACAGUCCUCAGUCUCUAGCUGGAGCAGCCAUGGAGGGGGGGUUGUACAGCUCUACUCUUCCCCAGCCGGGUGUAGGGGAGGCUGGGGGAGCUGAGGGGGCAGGCGGGGGCAUCAGCCUGGAAGGCUUUGAGGCAUCGUUUGGGAACCAGUUCUCUGACCUCAUCAAUGACUUCAUCUCUGUGGAGGGGAGUGGAGGGGGGGCGGUGGCCGGGACAGGAGGCAGUGCGCUCUACACCCCUGCUCUGAUGCCACAGGAGGAGGUUGGAGAGGGCCAGGAGGCAGGAGCAGCCCCCAUUCAGGGUUCAGAGGUAGAGCAGGGAACUCUGCGAUUGCUGCCCGAGACGGGAAGGCUGUUUGGGGUGACGGACUACUCCCCCGAGUGGUCUUACCCAGAGGGUGGGGUGAAAGUGUUGAUAACAGGUCCUUGGCUGGAGGCCAGCAGGGAGUACAGCUGUCUGUUUGACCACAUCAGUGUCCCAGCUGCUCUCAUACAGCCAGGAGUACUGCGCUGCUACUGCCCUGCCCAUGAAACAGGUCUGGUGAUGCUGCAGGUGGCUAUGGGUGGGGAUGUGAUCUCUUCCUCUGUGGUGUUUGAGUAUAAAGCUCGAGACUUGCCCGCCCUGCCCUCCUCACAACACGACUGGUUGUCCCUGGACGAUACCCAGUUCAGGAUGUCCAUUCUGGAGCGUCUGGAGCAGAUGGAACAGAGGAUGGCUGAGAUAACCAAUCACCAUCAGAGCUCCGAAACCACAGCAGCCACGGGGGGAGGUGGAGGAGCAGGUGGCACUGACCACCAGUCCCAGCUCUCCCCAGCCGAGGGUUCAUUUGAGGGCCGUGUGGUGGUGGUGUGUGAGAAGAUGAUGACCCGCCCCUGUUGGGUUUCCUCCAAUCAGCUGAUCCACAGCCGGAGUUCCCGGGGCAUGACCCUGCUGCACCUGGCCGCAGCUCAGGGAUACGCAGGGUUAAUACAGACUCUCAUCCGCUGGCGCACUAAGCAUGCAGACAGCAUAGAUCUGGAAUUAGAGGUGGACCCGCUCAAUGUCGACCACUUCUCCUGCACCCCACUGAUGUGGGCCUGUGCUCUGGGUCAUACAGAAGCAGCGCUGGUUCUGUACCAGUGGGACCCCAGAGCUUUGGCCAUCCCUGAUUCGCUGGGCCGCCUGCCACUCAGUAUUGCACGCUCACGGGGACACACUCGCUUGGCUGAGCUACUGGAGCAGCUUCAACAGACUCCUCCUACUCAGAGUCCGCCCACUGACACCUGGAUGGACAGGUGGAGCAGCGAAUUGGAGCCCAGUGGACAUAGGGAAAGCCCCGCACCCAGCUCUAACCCAGACCUAAGGAGAACUAGGACAGAACCACAGCAGAGCACCCAGAACCACAGCCAGAGCCAGAGUCAGAGCUGGGCUCAUCAGGGCCAACCCCAGUUGCAGGGCCAACACCGGGGGCCACCAGACAACCAGGGAGACCUCCCACCAGCCAAGAGACUCAAACUCAACCCUGAGGCCCAGCAACAGCCAGUCAACCCCCCACGCUCUCAACUACCCAACCUCAGCCCCCUAAACACUCACCCCCCCAGACCCAGCUCUAACACCCCAAAUCCCCACUUCCCCAGCCCACCUCUGCAGUCCAGGUUAGGGGGGUCAGGGGGUGGUAGUAGGUAUAGCUUGCGGCAGGCUCUUGGGAGGCGGAGUUUGGCCAGGAGGAUUCUGGGAAAGGAGAGACUGGCCAAUCAUCUGCGUCAGAGGGGCGUAUCCACCAGGGGGGAGGAGCCAGAACUGCUGACCUAUCAGGAGAACAGUGAAGACCUGCAGAUGAACAUGAUGAUGCUGGCAGAACACAUCAUGGAAGCGACUCCUGACAGGAUCAAACAGGAGGGUUUUGUUGCCACGGAGACUGAGAUGUCGCCACCGGAGACCGUUGGGGUCAGCGGUGAUGUCAGCUGGUUGGCUAGUUACAUUGGUGACGUGGAGCGGUUUCUAUACUCCAGGCCCCAGAUGCCCACCCCAAGCCCCAUACCAAGCCCCCUGACUGGGCCUGAGGAUCAGGAAAGUCCCCUGGCUCCGCAAGGCCUGCCCUCCCCGGCCGACUGGAGCUCCUUCCUGCAUGCAUCACUCAGUGGAGAGGGCCCAGACACCAACCCUGCCCACCUCACACUGACAGAGGCGGAGCAAAGAGAACUGUACGAGGCUGCAAGACACGCCCACCACACCCUCAGAAAGUACAAGGGCCGGCCAAUCCAGGAGCAACGUAAAGAGACCGUAGCAGUGGUCCAGCGCUGCUAUAAGAAAUACAAACAGCUGUCAUGGAUAGCCUUGAAGUAUGCACUUUAUAAGAGGAUGACGCUGGCAGCCAUUUUGAUCCAGAGCCGCUUCCGCAGUUUCCACGAACAGAGGAAGUUCCAGCAGAGCCGGCGAGCAGCAGUACUGAUCCAGCAAUACUACCGCAGCUACAGACACUCUCUCAGCAGUCUCCUCACUAAGAGACAGAACCAGGCUGCCCGUAAGAUCCUGAGGUUCCUGCUCAGAUGCCGCCACAGCCUCUUGAUGGACCAUAGACCAGUCAAACGGGGCAAGAGAGCAGAGAAAGGCCAGGGGUCCUGAGAGCCCACGAACCAGUCCAACACAGAGCCCCCUCAUCCUGUGAACUCCUCUACACCCUUCUCUUCCCUCUCCUCCUCUCCCUUCCUCCCUCGGUCUCACAGGGGCAACUCUCUUUUCCUCCCUCUCCUCAUACCACUCUCACAAUGGGACUACUUCACAGUCCACACUCCUCUUCUCCAAACAGACUGCUAACAAUGAGGAUGGAUACAUGGCAACUAUAUCACUGAGACAACACAGAGACAACUCUCCUCUCUCUCCUCCCUCUGUUUCUGUGAGACAAAACUACAUUACCCUGCCUGGCAUCUUUGCACUCUUCACAGAUAGAUCAAUGUUUUCUUCAAGAGCAGAAAAGAACAAGAGAAGAAGAUCAGGAUGCAGCUGAAGAUGCACAUUUUUUUAUCGAACGUGUUCGAUACGGAGAAUGAGAUGAUUGGUUUUCUCAUAUGGGCAACAUUUGCAUUGACAUGCAUAGUCUAUAUUGGACCUGUUGUACAUGCUGUAUAAAUGAUACAUUUUAGGAAAGGAAAACAUAAACCAAAUAUCACUCCCAUAUCCUGUAUGCAUGCACUGUUUUUCACUAGCUCUUCUCCCAUGGCUUUUAUGGCAGUUGGCAAAGUCAAUGUGAUCACCACACUCUGAUUGGCUGGCUAGACAGGUCAACCAGUCCCCCAAAGAGAAGUACUACACUUGAAUGUAAGAAGAACAUUAACAGAUAGGGGUUUAGAUGUAAAUAACAGUGUCUUAAUUUGUUAUAUUGACUUGUCUAUGAAGUCAUUCUCUGAGGCAGCAUUUUGCUAGCCUGAUGUGUGAGUCUGUGUUUGUUGAAUCUAAUGCAUGUGUUUGAGCUGUGAGCUCCUGCAUGCGAACCAAACUUGUUUGUUUUGUAUUUAUGUGUAGUGGUGUCUCACUUCUGUCCUCAUUGACUAUCUCUACCCUGUGUUUAUCAUGUGCUCUAUGUAAGGAAAAUAACCUGGGUUUUCUGUUUUUAUUUAUCUAUUAUUUAUCUAUUUUUUUUAUUAUUUACCUUGUUAUGUUCUUUCAUUUAAUUUACAGUAAGAAAAGGGCAUUUUAGCCUGAGUCCGUUUUAUCCCCCUAUUGUGUGGUAAUGUGUGGUAAUGUGUGACAUAUUCAGUUCAGAUGGUUAUCUGUCUCUGUCAAUUUGUUCUUAACAUGAACUUCAAAAAGCCACAUAUGGUUUUGAGGAGAGUGUCACAUUGCAUUGCCUUGACUUCUUAUAGUCUGUGAGGAGUCCCUAUACUUACUAUACGCUGGCCCCUGUCUAGGACAUGGGUCCCUAUAUUAGCCCUUAUAGAGUUUAGCCCAACCCAUAUUUUUGACUAUUGAGCGUCUCUGUACAUAAAUGACGAGGUAAGGGUAUAUAUGGAGACCCUGGAUCUUUUCAUGAGAAAAGACUGUAUUUAAGAAUAUAUAUUAUUUUACUUCUAUAACAACAAUAUGAGCAGAUAGAGACCCGGGUAUACAGGACAAUUGUAUUGUUUGUAAAUAAUGUAAAUACUAACCAUGGAUCUAUGUGCAUGAGAAAAUAAGACAAAGAAACGGGGCAAGAAAAUCAACAUACAUUUUUUUGUGGCUAUGGACUGUAAGAGGAUUUGAACUACUUUACAAGUGUUUGAUAUAAGUGUUAUUGAAGAACAUUUUGCUAAAGCAUGACAUUGAUGAAAUCUUAUGUUAAAACAAGUGAUAUAAAGAAUAAGGGCAGAAAGCAAAAUGUAUACAUAUCAUGCUUUUGAUUUCAGGCUAGCAAGAAUGAAAUAAUUUUGCUAGUGGUGCCAAUUAUUAUGAAUUCUACUUUUCCCUAGGUCCCUAGGAUUAGCGCAGGAGUUUUUCCUGACCAUGUGGUCACUUGUUCAGGAAAAACUCCUGGUACAGGAGGUUAAACAUACAAGUAUUAAAUAUACUGUACACAGUCAUCUCAAGCAAAUGAAGGAUGGGAAAGCAAGGAGAACUUCAUAAUCUAUUCUUCUAAAGUGUACACAGAAUGAGUUCCUGUCAGGUGUCAAAACCAAACAAACUGGUGAUGGGUGAUGUUUCUGUUAGUGUGGUCCUCUGUGGCUCAGUUAGUAAGAGCGUUGUGCUGGCAAUGCCAAGGUUGUUGGUUGAUUUCCUGCAGGGAUUACACACAUACUCAAAAUGUAUGCCCUCACUGUACUGAGUAAGUUACUUUGGAUGAAAGUGUCUGCUAAGUGGUAUAUACUUUUAUGUUAAUGCAAUUGCAGAUUUGAAACUUUCACCUCUUAGCUUCAGACAGAUGUUUUCCCCUUCAAAUUCCCCAGCAUGUAAUUGCCAAUAGUAUGGCCCGUGUUACAAUGAGGCGUUUCCUUCCCUGGAGUGUCUUACAGAUUUGCUUUGACUGAGGAUUAUGACCAAUUUGGUUAGAAAGUGCCUACUCAUAUACAGAACGUGCAAGCUAAUAUCAGGAACCCACUAUAUGUCUCCAAACGAGUUAACCCAUUCUCUCUAUAGUUUCCCAAAUUGUGUGUGGUGAUUAUUCUACACAGAAGAUUGGUGCCCAGUCUUAUUUUGAACUCUAAUUUGUUAGUGAUUUUUUUUCUGCUUCCUAUACCUAAGUGUUUAUGCAUUCAAAAUAUUCCAUUGUUAAAAGACAGUGACAGAUGGCUAUAGCAGAAACAGACUGAUACUAGUGCUGAUACUAGUGCUUACUAGUGCCUCUAAGCAGAUGAUGUAUAUUACUCCUCCUACCAGGUAGACACUGAGUAGUGGAUCCCAGCAUACAUUACCAUGGUUCAUUUGGGUUGCUACAUUAUUUUAAAAAAUCCAUAGCUCUGAUUUGCCCCCUACAUGUAUUUAUUAGUGAGAAGGAAACAUGGACAACGUUUCAAUCCUCAUUGGGAUCUCAGUUAGGUUGCCAGAUCAUGCCAUAUCUCUGACUGGGCUGGUUGAUAUAUUAUAGGCUAAAUUCUGCAUGGCACAUUCACGCCCAUUUUACAGUAAGGGCAGUACAUGUAGGCCUAGACACUGUCAUAUAGAUUCCUUGGGUUAAGUCUUUAGUGAGAUGUAGAGCACAAGAAACCCUCUUUCUGGAAUUCAACUGCUGUAUGGUCAUUCUCAAGAUGCAAAUAUCUGUUUUGAACAUUGAUAAAGUGUAUUCUUCUGCAUGGAAAUUGCACGACAUUUCACUUUAUUUAUCAUCUGUUCAGUCCUGGCAGUAAUGUUCUUCCAACGUUCUUACAUAAAAACAUAUCUUAGCUGGAGCAAACUUCACAUACACAGACAGAGACAUGCACACGACUCACUCGGUCGUCUCACAAUCUCCAAUCUUGCACACACAUCACACUCUCUCUCUUUUAUUUUUUCUUAGGGAGCAGUAACUCCCUCAGAUUUAAACUCAGGGUUCUAGAAUGGCUUGGGGGUGUGGAGUAGGCCCUGUGUGUGCGAGUGUGUGUGUGUGUUAAUCAGCCAAUUGUGAUUAGGCUAUACCUCCUCUUUCAUAAGAUGACAGUGGCGAUGACCCCACAGAGAGCUGGCAGACUGAGGUCUUGUUCACAGGGAGUUGGCCUGAGAUGGGUGCCACACACAUCCCAUCUAUAAAGGACUUCCACUUCCAAACAUCUGACACACAACAUAUAACAUAUAUAAUACAAACAUUUGAAUAUAUGUAGAGCCUCACAAAGAAGACAAUAAUAUCCUCUCUAGGGCCCGGAGUGGUUUUCCUGACCAGGAAAAACUCUGGGCAUAGUCAUUAUGGCCCAUGAAUUAUUCAUGUUGGAAAGACUCUCCAGCCUAUCGCUGUUUCACUCUGUAGUCAACUCUUGAAUGCGCUUAAUCAUUUUAUACCCUGGCCUGGAACUGUGCCCUCCAACCACAUCACAGCUACACUAACAGAAACACAGAGAGGGGCUGCUGUUUAAAGGGGGUGAAUUCACACUGGAUAAGGCUUUCCACUGAGACACACAGAGCAAUAAACAAACAUAUACAUUUUCUAAAUGAGGAUCUGUAAAUUUAAGUAAGCGUAGAGAUCAGUUUGUAGAGAAAAACAUAAGCUAUGUCACAGGCAACUUUGACUUCCUCUAAGGAAGUGGGCCACAUUCAGUAGCCGAACGUUGCAGAUAGAAAUGCUAUGAAUAUAGCUGACGUGAUUCCUUAUUCUACAUGUCAGAGAGGCAUGUUUGUUCUACAUGCCAUAUUUCUAUCUGAACAUAACAAAACGCUGCGUCCUGCUGAACUCGCUCCUGGGCAAGCUGCACAGAGGUGACCUUUGACCCACAGGUUAAAGGUCAAAUAAGAGAUAAAUUAUGAAAUACAGGCCGUAGUUAUAACGGGCUAUGGGCUAACAUCACUCUGCAUGUUUAAAUAGUGCUAGCUAGACUUCUCCCUCUCUUUCUCUUUUCCUCUCUCAUCCCUAGCUUUGUUCCCUCCUAUUUUGUGUUCUUCAUGCCCCCUCUCUCUCUUUCUACCUCUCUUUCCCUCUUUUGUAAGUGAAUUUUUUAUAAUGUGCAUGUAUACGCAUCAAUAAAUAGUUGAAUAUGUUUUUAAAAAGUAUCUUCUGCUGCUGAGGCCAUGCAAAGUGUUUUGAAUUGCCCUUAUAUGUGGAAAAUGUAUUUUGAAUGCUUUACAUAAUUUCUGCUGUAAAAUGAAAUCUGAGUAAAAAGAAAAUUUGCACUUUA